AUUGAUGAUUUCACGAUAGCUGUCACCAGAUAUGAAUAUGCUAACCUUUAUCAUUCUUUAACUGAUUGGUAUAAUGCAUUUCUUUUAAAAGAAUUUUUCAAUAAAUCAUCUUUUGAAAUCAAUAUUUUGUUGGUUGAUGCUCAUCCUUUUGGGGCUUUAGAUUCUGUUUGGUCACAUUUAUUUAAUUCGACAGAGCGGUUGUCUACCAUACCAAUGAAAACAUUUUACAAAAACUUGGUGUGGGGCAUAUUAGGAUACAACAGCCCCUUAGGCAUAUCGAUGUCAGGUGUUAAUCCUCCAUUAUUAGAAGAGUUUAGAAAGUUUUUCUUAGAUGCUUAUGGAUUAAAUGAAACUCAUAGUCAUGGUUGUACAAAAUUUAACAUACUUUUAAUUUGGCGAAGGGAUUAUUUAGCCCAUCCAAGAAAUCCAAGUGGUACUGUCUCAAGAAAAAUUGCUAACGAAGUGGGAUUGUUAAAUUACCUAAAGUUGAAACUGCCUUCUAACAUCUUUGCAAUUAAAGAUUCACAAAUUGAUGCUUUUGAAAUGAGAGAUCAGCUAAAAUAUGUUUUAUGGUCUGAUAUUCUAGUUGGUAUGCAUGGAGCUGGUUUGACCCAUUCAAUGUUUUUGAGAAAAAAUGCUGCUCUUAUUGAACUUUCACCUAAUUAUUAUUCUGGAGAUCAUUUUAAAGCUAUAUCAAAAUGGAGGAACCUUGUAUAUAAUAGU